UGGCUUUAGGCCGCGCCCAGGCCCAGAGCUGCUCUGCGCAAGCGCGACCGGCAGAGCCGCUCCGAAGAGUCCGCCCGGAAACAAAUAUUCCCCAGGGCAAUGUCACCACCUGGCCUUCCUCAGGAGCCAGUCAGAAACAGUUUGCUAGAUGAUGCUAAGGCCCGCUUAAGAAAGUAUGAUAUUGGAGGCAAAUAUUCUCACUUGCCAUAUAACAAAUAUUCCAUCCUUUUGCCAUUGGUGGUUAAAGAAGGAAAACUCCAUUUGUUGUUCACCGUCCGGUCAGAGAAGCUAAGAAGGGCCCCUGGAGAAGUUUGCUUCCCUGGAGGUAAGCGUGAUCCUACAGACAUGGAUGAUGCAGCCACGGCUCUCCGGGAAGCCCAGGAGGAAGUGGGGCUGCGUCCUCAUCAAGUGGAAGUUGUCUGCUGCCUGGUGCCAUGUCUUAUUGAUACAGAUGCAUUGAUAACGCCAUUUGUGGGUUUAAUAGACCACAACUUCCAGGCCCAGCCGAAUCCUGCUGAAGUUAAGGAUGUAUUCCUGGUGCCUCUGGCCUAUUUCCUGCAUCCACAGGUCCAUGACCAGCAUUACGUCACACGUCUCGGUCACCGUUUUAUUAAUCAUAUCUUUGAGUACACAAAUCCUGAAGAUGGUGUCACUUACCAGAUCAAGGGAAUAACGGCAAACCUUGCAGUGUUGGUGGCCUUUAUCAUUUUGGAAAAAAAACCCACCUUUGAGGUUCAAUUUAAUCUUAAUGAUGUAUUAUCAUCCUCUGAAGAGUUAUUCCUGAAGGUUCAUAAAAAAGUUACAAGCAAGUUAUGAUUUACGAGACCAAGAGACAAAGAACUAUCCACGAGGAUUCUGUGUGUGCUUAUCCAUAGAACAACAAUAACGCCAGCUGUUGGAAUUUGACAGAUGUGAAUAUUUUUUCUGCAGUAUGUAGUUAGAGUCUUUGCCUCUUUUCCAGUUGCCUUCUAUUGUCUGAAAAAGUAAAAGCCAUUCAAAAAUGAAAAAUAUGUUUAUAGUGUUGCAUAUUUUUACCCAAAAUAUGUUAAUAAUAUAUUUCUUACACAUAUAAGAAAGAAUAUGUGGCACAUAGUAGGCCCUUAAUAAAGAUUUGUUGAAUAUA